AUGGAUCAGAUAAUGACCGACGUCAGCGACUCCCAGCGGAGGCGCCAGCCUUUGGGAGACGCGUCAGGUCGGAUGAACAAGUCUAUGUCAUCGAAUGUUGGGACUCCACGCCUAUUAAUCGACGAGUCCGAGCCAGUCAAGACUCCUGACCGUAUGUCUUUUAUGACUCCGCAAAGGAAUAAGGAGAAUGAGCGCCUUUCCGUGGCCACCGACAUGCAGCCCGAUUCAGCUAGGAACUCGAUCAUGUCAGCGGCAUCUCUGUUAUCAAGCCGGGGCAAACGGAAGACACACGUGGGACCAUGGCAAUUGGGACGGACACUGGGAAAGGGUGCGACAGGCCGGGUUCGACUGGCGAAGCAUGCGGUCACUGGAAACACCGCCGCCAUCAAGAUCGUGUCCAAGAAGUCAGCUGCGAUGGUGCAGAGUGAAAGCAUUGCCGCAAUGGACCGUAACGUUGCGAAUUUUGCUCCCAACACGGGGGCUCGACAAAUGCCCUGUGGAAUUGAACGCGAGGUUGUUAUCAUGAAGUUGAUUGAGCACCCUAAUGUGAUCAGUCUUUAUGAUGUUUGGGAGAACCGCGGGGAAUUGUAUCUUGUACUUGAGUACGUUGAGGGCGGAGAAUUGUUUGACUAUGUUUCUCAGAAAGGACCACUGCCUGAAGAAGAGGCCGUCAGAUUGUUCCGACAGAUCAUUGCGGCUCUUGGCUAUUGUCAUCGUUUCAAUAUCUGCCAUCGUGAUCUGAAGCCAGAGAACAUCUUGCUUGACAAGAAUCAUAACGUCAAGCUCGCUGAUUUCGGAAUGGCCGCUCUUCAGCCGGCAGGCCACUGGUUGAAUACAUCCUGUGGCAGUCCUCAUUACGCAGCGCCGGAGAUCAUUUACGGUCGAAAGUAUCGCGGCGACAGAGCCGACAUGUGGAGUUGUGGAAUCAUCCUUUAUGCCCUCUUGACAGGUUACCUGCCGUUUGAUGGCGGAGAUCUUGCCACGACCCUGCGGCUCGUGAAAAGAGGAGAAUAUACCAUUCCAUCGGAACUAAGCGAUGAGGCAGCUGAUCUGAUUCAGCGUAUCCUCCAAAAGCGGCCAGAAGAUCGAAUUUCGAUGCAGAACAUUUGGUUGCAUCCGUUGUUCACCAAAUAUGAAAAGCUUCACAACGCCAUGAUAGACCACUAUGUCGGGCCUCCUCCGCCCUUGUCGGUGAAUGAUUGUGGACAAACUCUUUCUUCUCAACAGGAUAUUGAUAUGGACAUAUUGCGAAACCUGCAGACUUUGUGGCAUGAUGUGAAGCCCCAAGAACUUAUUCAACGGCUCCUUUGCAUUGAACCAACACACGAGAGGAUGUUUUACAACGCCUUAGCCAAGUUCCGGGAUGAACAGCUAGAAAACUACCAAGGACAGCCACUUGAAUACUCAGCCAGUGACUACCACCACAUCUCCCGAACCGGUGAUAGAGUUCGCCGUGGACGCAGUCAGACCGGUCAGGGUAAUUCCAAGCGUCGCGCUCAGUGCCCAUCUCCGAAGGAGUUCCCUCGUCGCCACAGCUCCUUCAGAGGGCCAAUGUCAUCCGGCACCAUGGAGAGCUAUGACCCCUACCGAUCACCAAAGCACCUUGACACUGCCCCAGAAUCAAAGUAUGCCCAGAUCACCAUUCACCGAGAGCUGGUCGAACAGACACCGGUUAAUGCAUCCUCGCCAAGGGUACACCCUCCGCCUUCAAUUGCAGAGGAGCAGGAACCCGACGAAUCAAAUGGCGCAGAGGGCUCUCCGUUCACUGUACUCCAAAAGCGCAAGCACGGUCCAAGCUCUAUGAAGUCUUCCCAGUCUUCCAAGAUGCCUCAUUCCAGCUCGCGGGCUCCUGGGCUGUCGAUACACUCGAUGAGCUAUCGUCGAAAUGUCUCCUUCCGUCACGCCCGCAACCGCUCCCAAGGAUCUACAACAGCCAAGCCGAAGAAGAGGAAGAUUGCGACGCCAAAUCAACGAAAUGAUCUCAAACGUUCACCUAGCGUCUGCAGCCUGCAGCUCAUGGCAGAGGGUGCCUAUCUUCCGGACAUGCCGAGCAGCCCACCGCUACCAGCACAGCCAAUGAUGGUCCGACCUAACCCUCCCAAGGUUAAGAGCAUGCACCAAGUCCGGAAAGUCCGCGAAUCAGACUACACUUGGAAGGAGGACACUCGCAAAGUCUCCCACGAACUCAGCCAGAUUUGUGAGGAGGCUUUCAAUGGGAGUUCUGCCACAACCAUCCGCACUGCCAGUGCUGGAUCUGGAUAUGACACACCGGCAACUCCAGUAUCAAUCGCAAGCCCCCAACAAGCUCAAAAUGAUAAACCGAUUACACUGCCCGAUACGCCCAACCGCGGGUAUAAUAUUAAGGCGCUUGCCGAGACCCGUCGCAAGCUCAUUGAGCAUAGCCAGGGCCGAACUGAUGACAUUCCUGCCUAUCUCGCAGGUGUCAUUGGCCAUCUCGAUCGCUUGAUUGCAGAAGACGAGCUCCAGAACCCUCGGAGGACCGUGGACAUGGCAACGUUCCAAGACCCAUUUGUCACUGCUCCCAAGGAGACCCUCCCUGUCAUAAAUGAGGAUCAUGCAAGCCCUGUGCGCGCUCCCAGUGAUCUCAGCCCUAAACGUCAGCAAGUACGCUCUCUUGCCUCAUCUCAAGGUGGCGAUGCAAAGGCAACGAUUCGAAUGGUCCCGCACAGCUCAUUCCGCUCUAUGGAGGAGGUUAAGCCUCUGACCAUUCGGAAGAAGAAUCACGCCAAAAGCGCGACCUCAGAUGACCAUGAUUAUACGAUGAGCGGCUCUUUGACCAGCGAUCGGAAUUUGUCUACCACCUCUCGAUGCGGCGGCCAGUCUGUUGCUCUGCCACCCAUUCAAGAAAUUCCUCUGUCCCCCGAGAAGAGCCCUACUCGGGGUCCCGAGAACAAGAAGUGGUCAUGGUUCAGACAUCGCCAUCAAGGCUCUGAUACUCCACCUAGUCUUCCGCCAAAAGAUACCCAUCCUAUCAUCCCUAGUGGAGCCACCAUUGUGCACAAGCCCAUCACUCUCCCGCCGGCUUCGCCCACUCGAGCCGUAGACCCGAAUACAGAGCGGGUCCCCACCCGGAAGACAUCCAUGGAUCGCUUUGGAGGUGCCUUUUUGAAGAGACUCAUGCCCAAGAAGUCGAACAAGAACUUGCAGGAGGAGGCCACUCAUACCGAGAAAGAGAGAGAGCUUGAAACUACGCCCACGAAGGGUAAUCCCCAUCCUUUCCUCAUGUGCAAGGGUCCUGCAAGCACGGAAAGUUCCAGCGAAUGUGAAGAUCCGCGACCCCUAUUCCGCAACACUCGCCGCUCAAUUGCCAACCACAACUGGUUUGCCCGUGUCUUCCAGAUCAAGCCCGCAACCCAGGUCAUUGCCCUGAACACUUCCAAGGUCAAGGGACGCAAGGAGCUCUACAAGCUCCUUCGCGAGUGGCGCGAUUUCGGGAUGGAAGAUGUAUACCUUGACAAGACCAACAGCGUCGUCCAUGGUCGUGUCGGCGAAGCAAACUUCCUUCAUCUCCGAGAAGUUGAAUUCACCGCUGAAUUCUACACAGUCCUUGAGCAUGGCCGGCAGGCAAACCUCAGCUUGGUCCGCUUUAAACAAGAGCGCGGCGCGGCUUCAUCCUUCACCAAGGUCGUCGAGACAGUGCAGAGCACACUAGCAAAGCGUGGUAUGGUUGUCGAGGACGCAACGCGGGCAAAGAAGAUGUCGCGUGUUCUCGACUCAAUCCCCAAUCACAAAUAA